CUCGGCUGGAUGCUGGCUGCUGAUGUUAUUGGGAAGUGCAAUGUUGUGCCAACCGCCAUUGGAAUAAAGACAACCGUGGGAAUAAAGGUGAUUUUGCUCAUCAUCUCCCACCACUUUCUCCUCCCGUCUUCCAUUCAUGAGCAGCGUGGCUGAGUUUAACAGCGGAAGCCAUGGAUGACAAGGGCUCGGUGGGGAAGAUUAGCGUGUCUUCGGACUCAGUGUCCACUCUCAACAGUGAGGACUUUGUCCUUGUGUCCCGGCUGGGGGAUGAGACACCCUCCUCCACUAAUAAUGGUAGUGAUGACGAAAAGACAGGACUGAAGGUGAUUUCUGAGGAAGGGGUCAGCUUUAAGAUUGUGGGGAAUGGAAGUGAGCAGCAGCUCCAGAGGGAGUUAGAAGAUGUCCUCAUGGAACCAUCCGUAGCCGACGCUGGGCUCAGAUCAGAAACAGGAAUGGAGAGUCUUGGCGGCGACCGUGGCCCACUUUCCACGACGGCGUCACCUGUACCGCCAGGCUCAGACCCUCUGAGUGCACCACCACCCAAGUUGGAGAUGGUGCUUCCUGUUCAGACAGCUCAGGAGAGUGAGCUGAAUGAGAGGUCUUACCGAGCAGAUGAAUCCUCGUCAGAUGGCAGUCCUGGCAGUCCCAUCCCAGAUGAGGACAGCGUUGUGUUCAGCCAGCUGACAUAUCUUGGGUGUGCCUCGGUCAGCCCCCGCAGUGAGGUGGAGGCGCUCCGUAUGAUGAGUAUCCUCAGAGGGCAGUGCCAGCUCCCCCUAGAUGUCACACUGUCUGUGCCAGGCGUGUCCGAAGGCACUGUCAGGUUGCUGGACCCCAACGCCAGUACGGAGAUCGCCAACUACCCCAUCUACAAGAUUCUGUUCUGCGUACGAGGCCACGAUGGCACACCAGAGAGCGACUGCUUCGCCUUCACUGAGAGCCACUACAAUGCAGAGAUCUUCAGGAUCCAUGUGUUCCGCUGCCAAAUCCAGGAAGCGGUGAGUAGGAUACUGUACAGCUUUGCCACAGCGUUUCGGCGCUCAGCUAAGAAGGCAGUUCUGUCAUCUCAGCAGCCUGCAUCGCUCACCCCUGACAGUGACUUGUUUACUUUCACUGUCAGCCUGGAAAUCAGGGAGGAUGACGGCAAGGGUACCUUCAGUGCUGUAGCAAAAGACAAGGACAAGCAAAGCUUCAAGCUGCGCGCAGGAAUGGACAAGAAGAUUGUUAUUUAUGUCCAGCAGACCUCCAAUAAGGAACUGGCUAUUGAGAGGUGUUUCGGUCUCCUGCUCAGCCCAGGGAAAAAUGUGAAGAACAGCGACAUGCACCUGCUAGAUCUGGAGUCGAUGGGAAAGAGUUCCGACGGGAAGUCUUACAUCAUCACAGGAAGUUGGAACCCCAACACGCCUCAGUUCCAGCCUGUGAAUGAGGAAACGCCCAAAGAUAAAUUCAUGUACAUGACGACAGCAGUGGACCUGGUGAUCACAGAGGUGGAGGAGCCGGUUCGUUUUCUGCUGGAGACGAGGGUCAGAGUCUGCUCCCCCAAUGACAGGCUGUUCUGGCCCUUCAGCAAGCGUAACUACAUCGAGACCUUCUACCUUAAACUGCGGCAGAUGGAGCGUAAGGAGCGUAAGAGUCCUGCCUCUGACACUCUUUAUGAAGUGUUGAGUUUGGAAAGUGAGACUGAGAGGGAGAAACGGAAGACCACAGCUAGUCCCGGCAUAAUGUCCACCGGGACUGGUACCUCGGUCCCUUCACCCCCUGAGGAUGACGAAGAGGAAGAUAAUGAUGAGCCGUUACUCAGCGGGUCAGGUGACGUUUCCAAGGAGUGUGCAGAGAAGAUCCUGGAGACCUGGGGGGAUUUGUUAUCCAAAUGGCAUUUGAACUUAUCCGUGCGUCCCAAGCAGCUGCCAGCUUUGGUGCGGAGUGGCAUUCCCGAGGCUCUCCGUGGGGAGGUGUGGCAGCUCCUGGCAGGCUGCCAUAACAAUGACCACCAGGUAGAAGAGUACCGCACUCUUAUUACAAAGGAGUCCCCUCAAGACAGUGCCAUUACCAGGGACAUUAACAGGACAUUCCCGGCUCAUGACUACUUCAAAGACACCGGAGGAGAUGGACAAGACUCCCUCUACAAGAUCUGCAAGGCUUACUCUGUUUACGAUGAGGAGAUUGGCUACUGCCAGGGACAAUCCUUCUUGGCUGCUGUGCUGCUGCUCCACAUGCCAGAGGAGCAAGCUUUCAGCGUGCUGGUCAAGAUCAUGUUUGAUUACGGGCUCAGGGACCUUUUCAAGCAGAACUUUGAAGAUCUGCAUUGCAAGUUCUUCCAACUUGAGAGGCUCAUGCAGGAAUAUAUACCAGACCUGUACAACCAUUUCCUGAAUGUGGGUCUGGAGGCUCAUAUGUAUGCCUCUCAGUGGUUCCUCACCCUCUUCACAGCCAAAUUCCCUCUUUACAUGGUCUUCCAUAUCAUUGAUCUGCUACUGUGUGAGGGCAUCAGUGUGAUCUUCAAUGUGGCCUUGGCGUUACUAAAGACAUCAAAAGACGAUCUGAUCCAAACAGACUUCGAGGGUGCGCUCAAAUUCUUUCGUGUCCCGGUUCCGAAGAGAUACCGCUCUGAGGAAAACGCAAAGAAACUGAUGGAGCUGGCCUGUAGCAUGAAGAUCAGCCAGAAAAAGCUGAAGAAAUUUGAGAAGGAGUACCACACCUUGAGGGAGCAACAGGAACAACAGGAGGCCCCCAUCGAGAGAUAUGAGAGGGAAAACCGUCGUUUGCAAGAGGCUAACAUGCGUUUGGAGCAGGAGAAUGACGACCUGGCACAUGAACUAGUCAGCAGCAAGAUAGCCCUGCGCAAGGACCUCGACAACGCUGAGGAGAAGGCAGAUGCCCUGAAUAAAGAGUUGCUGCUGACCAAACAGAAACUGGUGGACUCCGAGGACGAGAAGAGGCGACUGGAAGAAGAAUCUGCUCAGCUGAAGGAGAUGUGCAGACGAGAGCUUGAUAAGUCUGAAUCUGAGAUAAAGAAGAACAGCUCGAUUAUUGGAGAAUAUAAGCAGAUCUGCUCCCAGCUGAGUGAACGACUGGAGAAACAACAGACAUCCAACCGAGGAGAACUGGAGAAAAUCCGGUCGAAAGUUGAAGGUUGUGAGAAGUGCAGUAGCCUUUUCAACAAAGAGGGUCGUGUGCGGGCUGCUGUGACCUCGGCAACAGCUGGGGGGACUGAGGAGACUGAUGAGGAGAAGGAGGAUUUGAAGAACCAGCUUAGAGAGAUGGAGCUCGAACUAGCUCAGACCAAACUGCAGCUUGUGGAGGCUGAGUGCAAAAUUCAGGAUCUGGAGCACCACCUGGGUCUGGCCCUCAACGAAGUGCAGGCGGCCAAGAAGACCUGGUUCAACCGAACGCUCAGCUCUAUCAAGACCGUCACUGGGACCCAGGGCAAGGAGACCACCUAACCAGAUUAACCCCGUCAUCCAGCUCUACCCAGACUGUCCGGAGCUCAGUGCAACUCACCACGCUGAAACCUCUGGACGCAUAACUUAACCCACCGGGCCAUGACUUCAACUUAAACAUUCACCCUGAAAUCCCAGAAUGACCAUAACUACAGACUGUACUACUUGUUCCUCUUAUCAAGAAUGUCCUAUUGUUUCCCCGUUCCCACCGCUCCUGAUCUGACAACCCCAUCCAUUUAUGCUCCUCUUCACCCUGAAUGACUACAGCCAAAUGUGCUGACGCGAAGGGGUUGAAAACCGUAAGAUGAAGUACAACGCUACCACUUUCCCCAGAGACACGAUGUGCUUCCACUGGUCACAGAAAGAAAAGUGUAAAAAAAAAAAAAGAA